AUGCGGAACUCGUUCCUUGCCGAGCUCGGCCGGCGCAACCGGCACAACCUCCGCAUGCUCCGGGCCAACCCGGCGGCCGAGAUGUCAGGGGCCCUCGGCGACCUGGGCACGCUGCUCCCGCUCAUGAUGGCCCUGGCGCUGCAAGGAUCGAUCGACCUGCCCGCGACCCUUGUGUUCUCCGGUCUGUUCAAUAUCAUGACGGGGGUCCUGUUUGGCAUCCCCUUACCCGUGCAGCCCAUGAAGGCCAUCGCCUCCUCGGCGCUGACGCUGCACACCCCACUUCCCGUGGUAACGGCGUCGGGCGCGCUGGUCUCUUUCGCCGUGCUCAUUCUGAGCGUGACAGGCCUGAUGCGGCUGCUGACCCGCGUGAUCCCGCGCCCGCUCAUCCAGGGCAUCCAGCUGGGCGCUGGUUUACGUCUAAUCAUUUCCGCCGCUACGGCACUGAUCCUCCCGCUCCCCUGGCUCCGUCCGCUGCCCGACCUCGACACGCGCAUGCUGGCCAUCUUCCUGUUCCUGUUGCUCUUUGCCACCGCCCGCCUGGGCCCGCGAUUCCCCUUUGCGCUGCUGGUGUUUUUGCUCGGCGUUGUUGCCUCGUUGUUUUCCCACCCGUCCUCAUCUUCUUCGUCGCUGUCAACCCCAUCCCACCACUCAGAUUCAAGUCAUUCCUACCAGUCGUACACCUGGCACAAACCGGAAUUCACCAACCCGCAAGCCCUCUCCGCCGCCCUCGCCCAGCUGCCCCUGACAACCCUCAACUCAGUCCUCGCCGCCUCAGCCUUGGCAACUUCACUAUACCCCCCACACCCGCCCCCUUUCCCCCCUUUUCCCACUUUUCCCUCACCACCACCACAUUCUUCUUCUUCUUCUCCACCAGCAGGGCCAGGGCCGGCGAGCACCACGGCGCUGGGCGUGUCGGUCGGGCUCAUGAACCUUCUCUCGUGCGGCUGGGGCGCCAUGCCCGUGUGCCACGGCGCCGGAGGGCUUGCGGCACAGCACCGCUUCGGCGCCCGCAGCGGGGCGAGUGUCGUCCUCCUCGGCGCGGCCAAGUUUGGCGCCGGGCUGUUGUUAUUGCUUGGGGGUAGUGGAGGGACUGCGGCAAGGGUGCUGGCGAGGUUUCCGCGCAGCGUGUUGGGGGUCAUGGUGCUUGCUGCGGGGUUGGAGUUGGCAAAGGCUUCGUAUUCUUCUUCUGGGGCUGUGAUUGCGGAAGGUCAGGGGGAUGGGGAACGGGAAGAGGGGGAAGCGGAAGAAGGGUGGAUGGUUAUGAUGGUGACCGCCAUGGGCAUCUUGGCCUUCAAGAAUGAUGCCGUUGGGUUCCUUGCCGGGAUGGCUUGUCAUGCUGCCUACCGCGUGUCAAGGUGGGUCGAGAGCCGAUGGGGGGUGAUAGGGAGCGGGAGGCAAGGGGAGAGGAGGCCGCUGCUACGUGACGGGUUGUGA